AACCAUUUUGUUCUUCACAUCUUACAUCUGAGGUAAAAUAAAAUAUCCAACGAGAAAGGACUUUAAUCUUUAAGAGGUUCUGCUGGAUGGCGGAUUUAUUGUAACAUAGUGUUUAGUAUGUUUUACGAAUGCUAAGUUCGCAAAACAUAUAUCACGCAGUGCCAAAAGAAUAUACUUGUGGAUAAUGUGGCACGAGGCUCGCAAGCAAGAACGCCGCAUUCGCGGUAUGAUUGUAGACUAUCGCAAACGUGCGGAGCGUCGACAGGAUUUUUACGAAAAAAUUCAAGCGGAUCCUACUCAGUUCAUUCAAGUACAUGGGCGUCGGUGUAAAAUUCAUCUCGACCCAGCAACAGCUGCCGCGGGAGAUGGAGCCGCCAUCAUUGUGCCUUGGCAAGGUCAACAGGAUAAUCUAAUCGAUCGCUUCGAUGUGCGUGCACAUUUAGAUUACAUUCCGGCGAUACCAAAAGUAAAUGAAGCUGAGAAUUCUGAAACCUCUGUAGAGGAACGUCAAUGCAAUUAUGAAAGAUAUCGUAUUUUGGCCCAGAAUGAUUUUCUAAACGUAACGGAAGAUAAAUUUCUACAUCAACUGUACUUAGAAGAGCAAUUUGGUGCAAAUGCUCAAUUGGAAGCUAUGGAACGAAGUUCCAAUAAAAAGAAACAAUCAAAGAGUGGUGUGAGCAUCGGUUAUAUAUAUGAAGAGGGAGUCGCAUCGACAACAUCUGGUAGCCAUCCUUUUCAUUCUUCAACUCAAGAAAAAUCAAGUGGGAAAUCUGAAAAAGGGUCUGAUUCAGAGUCCGACUCAGAUAUGGAUAUGGAUGUUUCUAUUGACAUCUCAAAACUAGACACUUCACAAGCACAUGAGUUAAAUGCUUGUGGUCGUAAUUAUGGCAUGGUAAGCAAUGACUUUUAUUCCUAUCUGACAAAAGAUGCAGAUGAGGCCGAGGCUCUACGUAUUGCACGUGAAGAAGAACAAGAAAAGAUGCUAUUAAGUGGACGGAAAUCUCGUAGAGAGCGCAGAGCACAAAAAGAACGUCGUAUUGCAUGUCGUCCAUUUAGUCCACCAAGCUAUGCGGCGAAAGAAGACAGUGGUGCGAAAAAAGAUAAAGACGAGGAAAGUGAAUCGCGUUCACCAUCACCUGAUCCCAAUGCUGGAAAAAUUACAUACAUAACAUCUUUCGGAGGAGAAGAUGAGUUACAGCCACACUCGAAAAUUUCAAUUAGUAUGGGACGUACUCCGCAAACUCUUGGGGAAUCCUGCGCUGGUGUGUCAGCAGCUACAGGUGCGUUAACACCGCAAAUUACCUAUGCACAAAAGGUGAAGGAGAAUUUGGAAAAGCUCAAACAGUUAAAUGAAAGUACAAAACGUUCAUCAGCUAUGGGUAAAACCAGUAAAACAAGCCGAUCGCGUAGUCGUUCGAGGAAGCGCUCACGCAGUCGAAGUCGAAGCCGUCGUCGAAGUAAAAGACGUAGCAGGGAACGCCGACGACGACCUUACUCGCGUUCACGAUCCCGUUCGCGCUUGCGAAGUCAAAGUCGUAGCAGACGUCAUCGACAUAGAAGGUCACGGUCCAUUUCCUAUGAACGUUCAAGGCGCAAACGACGCUCCAGACGUUCAAGUACUAGAUCCGAUUCGUGUUCCAGAUCACGUUCACAAUCACGUGGUGGUCAUGUUGGAACACAUAAACGACGUUAUAGAUCAACAAGCAGCUGUUCACAUCGCUCCAGGCGACGCAGUAGUCGCUCCGCUUCAAGCGGCAGUCGGCAUUCAGAGCGCAAACGCAAACAGAACUCAAAAUAUAGAAAGUCACCAAUGAUGGACCGUCGUCGUCCGCGUACACGCACGCGUUCCAGAUCUCACACGAAAACGCUGCCUGCCAAUGCCAGCAGUGCUAGCUCAUCACAAAAUUUACCUAAAGGAAAAUUGGUUGUCCAACCUGUAAUUAGUACAUCGGAAGUCGUGGCAUCAAGCGCUCCUGUUGCCACGGCGGCUAUGCCCAUGGUUAGUUAUCCGUUAUCAACGCGUAUAAGUGCCAUGUCCACCGCAGUAGCCGCGGCAGCUAAAGAACCGCCGCCACCACCACCACCAGUCGAGGUCGUUAAGGGGUCAAGCACUCAAUCAACAACAGCUUCCGAUAGUGCAGUGGCAAUAAAUUUAUUGCCGCAAGUGGUGGAACCGCCACCACCACCGCUUAAGCGUUAUUAUGGACGCAAACGUGGAGAUGACUCAUCGGACUCGGACAGCGACUCCGCCUCAGACACGAAUGCAGAUGAUAAAGACAAUGUAAAACUUCAUGCACCAAUCAGCGGCGAUGGAAAUGACAGUGACGAACGCAUGGAUGUGGAUACUACCUCUGAACGUUCCAACCCUUUGCCAUCAUCAUCAACGUCAACCACUGGUAAACAAAUAGGCAAAUAUUGCACUACUGCUCCGGCGAAAACCAAUCCAAGUUUUUCUAAUGCUACCGAAACCAAAACACCGUCAACAUCUUCAUCAGCGCCACAGGGCAGCAGCAGUCGUUUGAAUUUGCGCGAACGACUGAAACGAAAAAUGCAAAAUUUGCUCAACAAGCAAUACAAAGCGGAUAAACGAGCUGAAAUCGAGAAAUGGCAACGUGAACGACAAUUGCAACAAGAACGUGAAGAUGAGAUGCGAGAAAUGGCACUGAAACUAAGACGAAGACAACGUGAGCUUCGCCAUCGCUAUGGUACGCCAUCAAGCGGUAAGGACUCAGAUAGUGAUGCUUCGGGUGCUGCAAAAUCCUCACAUCAGGCAUCACAACGACGCAGCAAAUCGGUAAGCAGCAGCGGGCCUACAAUAGUUCCUGUAACGGAAAAACCAUCGACACAGAGUCAUUCGCACGCUGCCGAUCGUGGGAAAGAUGCACAACCGCAUGACCAAUACCAUUCGUCAACGUUACAUGUUCAGGCUAGAACUAUGCAACGUAGUAAAAGUCGAGAAGAGCGACUGCAUCGGUCGCGCAGUCGCAGUCAGUCCUAUUAUCAGUUGCAACGGUCGGCUGCAGCUGAACGGCGCUCACGUUCACGUUCGCGUAAUCGUCGUAGCGCUUCGAGACGCAGACGCCGCAGUGCUUCACGUUCACGCUGGCAACGUGAUACCAGUCGUGAGCGAGCGUCGCGUCAUCAACGUACACAACGUUAUGAUGAACGCGACCGUGAACGUGAGCGGGAUAAGGAUAGGGACCGCGGCAGACGUUCACGUUCAAGAAAUGAGCCGCGCUCACGUGAAAGCUAUCGUGAUCGUGAUAGAGAUAGGGAUCGGGAUCGGAAUAGAGAUCGGGAACGUGAUCGUGAUAGAGGAGACAGAGAGCGGGAAAGGGAAAAGAAUAGGGACAAAGAACGACAUCAGCGCGAUGUGCCGAGUAGCAGGCAAGAAGCUGUCACCAGCAGUGGUAACAAUACUAAUAGUAGUAAUAGGAACCGUAUUGUCAUAUCGGCCCCGCCGAAACUAAAGAAGCUAGUUGAUUACUAGACUAAGCACUAAGCACAAAGACAGCAACAGCUUCCAUUUGUGGAAAUUGUUUCGGUUUCUUUUGUUGACUAUUUUUUUUUAUACAAAUAAGGGUUGAACUAUUUAAAUAACAUAACUUCAUUAAUUAUUUGAAGAGUUGAUUCAUAAUAAAGAUCAUUCAAUUGUUGGUACAGUA